AUGCACAGCAAUGGGCGAGCCCAAGACGAGCCCAAGGACGACGUGUUUGCUGAAGCUGCAGCCGCCACUAUCACUCCCUCCUCCGCCUAUGUCAACGCAGCGGCGGCGACUCAUCAGCUCGCCACCACUCAGUCAGUCCCUGGCCUGCCUUCCGCCUCUGCCUCCCUUUCAGCUGCAGCCGCCACUAUCUCUCCCUCCUCCGCCUAUGUCAUCGCAGCGGCGACUCAUCAGCUCGCCGCCUCUAACUCAAUCCCUGGCCUGACCUCCGCCUCUGCCUCCCCUUCAGCUGCAGCCGCCAGUAUCACUCCCUCCUCCGCCUAUGUCAAUACAGCGGCGACUCAUCAGCUCGCCGCCUCUCACUCAAUCCCUGGCCUGCCCUCCGCCUCUGCCUCCCUUUCAGCUGCAGCCGCCACUAUCUCUCCCUCCUCCGCCUAUGUCAUCGUGGCGACUCAUCAGCUCGCCGCCUCUCACACAAUCCCUGGCCUGCCCACCGCCUCUGCCUCCCCUUCAGCUGCAAGCGCCACUAACUCUCCCUCCUCCGCCUAUGUCAACGCAGCGGCGGCGACUCAUCAGCUUGCUACCCGGAUCUCUCCCUCCGUUGCCUAUGUGCACGUCUCGGUUCCUGGCCAGUCCAGGCCCGCCGUUGCACCUGGAUCGACCUCCCUGCCACCUGCUCCCAGUGCACUCUCACCCUCGCCCUCCUAUAUCAAUCCUGGAUUGCACCCAACCAACUCAGGUCAGCCUGGCUCCGGCCUCAUCCCACCAGCCUCUGCACCCCCUGCUGCCGCAGUGGCGCCCCCUACUACACAAUUGCAGCCGUCUGGACUCCCAUGGGCACUCCGUGCCGCUUUUAGCCGUGCUGUGGCAAAGGCCCACAUCAGACGACAGGCCAUCGACUGCUCUGCAAUGUCGCUACGGCAACACGGGUGGUACAAUAACGUCAUCACGGCGUUAGAUGCUUUCCCGGAUGUGAACGGGGACCUUAAGCAAGCAAGGCCAGCCAAGGCAGAGCCCAACAGUCCCCAGUGUACCCUCUUUCCCUCCCUGUUUUCCCCUCCCCACCCCAGCAGCAAGCAAGGCCAGCCAAGGCAGAGCCCAACAGUCCCCAGUGUACCCUCUUUCCCUCCCUGUUUUCCCCUCCCCACCCCAGCAGCAAGCAAGGCCAGCCAAGGCAGAGCCCAACAGUCCCCAGUGUACCUUCUUUCCCUCCCUGUUUUCCCCUCCCCACCCCAGCAGCAAGCAAGGCCAGCCAAGGCAGAGCCCAACAGUCCCCAGUGUACCCUCUUUCCCUCCCUGUUUUCCCCUCCCCACCCCAGCAGCAAGCAAGGCCAGCCAAGGCAGAACCCAACAGUCCCCAGUGUACCCUCUUUCCCUCCCUGUUUUCCCCUCCCCACCCCAGCAGCAAGCAAGGCCAGCCAAGGCAGAGCCCAACAGUCCCCAGUGUACCCUCUUUCCCUCCCUGUUUUCCCCUCCCCACCCCAGCAGCAAGCAAGGCCAGCCAAGGCAGAGCCCAACAGUCCCCAGUGUACCCUCUUUCCCUCCCUGUUUUCCCCUCCCCACCCCAGCAGCAAGCAAGGCCAGCCAAGGCAGAGCCCAACAGUCCCCAGUGUACCCUCUUUCCCUCCCUGUUUUCCCCUCCCCACCCCAGCAGCAAGCAAGGCCAGCCAAGGCAGAGCCCAACAGUCCCCAGUGUACCCUCUUUCCCUCCCUGUUUUCCCCUCCCCACCCCAGCAGCACGCAAGGCCAGCCAAGGCAGAGCCCAACAGUCUCCAGUGUACCCUCUUUCCCUCCCUGUUUUCCCCUCCCCAACCCAGCAGCAAGCAAGGCCAGCCAAGGCAGAGCCCAACAGUCCCCAGUGUACCCUCUUUCCCUCCCUGUUUUUCCCUCCCCACCCCAGCAGCAAGCAAGGCCAGCCAAGGCAGAGCCCAACAGUCCCCAGUGUACCCUCUCUCCCUCCCUGUUUUCCCCUCCCCACCCCAGCAGCAAGCAAGGCCAGCCAAGGCAGAGCCCAACAGUCCCCAGUGUACCCUCUUUCCCUCCCUGUUUUCCCCUCCCCACCCCAGCAGCAAGCAAGGCCAGCCAAGGCAGAGCCCAACAGUCCCCAGUGUACCCUCUUUCCCUCCCUGUUCUCCCUUCCCCACCCCAGCAGCAAGCAAGGCCAGCCAAGGCAGAGCCCAACAGUCCCCAGUGUACCCUCUUUCCCUCCCUGUUUUCCCCUCCCCACCCCAGCAGCAAGCAAGGCCAGCCAAGGCAGAGCCCAACAGUCCCCAGUGUACCCUCUUUCCCUCCCUGUUUUCCCCUCCCCACCCCAGCAGCAAGCAAGGCCAGCCAAGGCAGAGCCCAACAGUCCCCAGUGUACCCUCUCUCCCUCCCUGUUUUCCCCUCCCCACCCCAGCAGCAAGCAAGGCCAGCCAAGGCAGAGCCCAACAGUCCCCAGUGUACCCUCUCUCCCUCCCUGUUUUCCCCUCCCCACCCCAGCAGCAAGCAAGGCCAGCCAAGGCAGAGCCCAACAGUCCCCAGUGUACCCUCUUUCCCUCCCUGUUUUCCCCUCCCCACCCCAGCAGCAAGCAAGGCCAGCCAAGGCAGAGCCCAACAGUCCCCAGUGUACCCUCUUUCCCUCCCUGUUCUCCCUUCCCCACCCCAGCAGCAAGCAAGGCCAGCCAAGGCAGAGCCCAACAGUCCCCAGUGUACCCUCUUUCCCUCCCUGUUUUCCCCUCCCCACCCCAGCAGCAAGCAAGGCCAGCCAAGGCAGAGCCCAACAGUCCCCAGUGUACCCUCUUUCCCUCCCUGUUUUCCCCUCCCCACCCCAGCAGCAAGCAAGGCCAGCCAAGGCAGAGCCCAACAGUCCCCAGUGUACCCUCUCUCCCUCCCUGUUUUCCCCUCCCCACCCCAGCAGCAAGCAAGGCCAGCCAAGGCAGAGCCCAACAGUCCCCAGUGUACCCUCUCUCCCUCCCUGUUUUCCCCUCCCCACCCCAGCAGCAAGCAAGGCCAGCCAAGGCAGAGCCCAACAGUCCCCAGUGUACCCUCUUUCCCUCCCUGUUUUCCCCUCCCCACCCCAGCAGCAAGCAAGGCCAGCCAAGGCAGAGCCCAACAGUCCCCAGUGUACCCUCUUUCCCUCCCUGUUAUCCCCUCCCCACCCCAGCAGCAAGCAAAGCCAGCCAAGGCAGAGCCCAACAGUCCCCAGUGUACCCUCUUUCCCUCCCUUUUUUCCCCUCCCCACCCCAGCGGCAAGCAAGGCCAGCCAAGGCAGAGCCCAACAGUCCCCAGUGUACCCUCUUUCCCUCCCUGUUUUCCCCUCCCCACCCCAGCACCAAGCAAGGCCAGCCAAGGCAGAGCCCAACAGUCCCCAGUGUACCCUCUUUCCCUCCCUGUUUUCCCCUCCCCACCCCAGCAGCAAGCAAGGCCAGCCAAGGCAGAGUCCAGCAGUCCCCAGUGUACCCUCUUUCCCUCCCUGUUUUCCCCUCCCCACCCCAGCAGCAAGCAAGGCCAACCAAGGCAGAGCCCAACAGUCCCCAGUGUACCCUCUUUCCCUCCCUGUUUUCCCCUCCCCACCCCAGCAGCAAGCAAGGCCAGCCAAGGCAGAGCCCAACAGUCCCCAGUGUACCCUCUUUCCCUCCCUGUUAUCCCCUCCCCACCCCAGCAGCAAGCAAAGCCAGCCAAGGCAGAGCCCAACAGUCCCCAGUGUACCCUCUUUCCCUCCCUGUUUUCCCCUCCCUACCCCAGCGGCAAGCAAGGCCAGCCAAGGCAGAGCCCAAAAGUCCCCAGUGUACCCUCUUUCCCUCCCUGUUUUCCCCUCCCCACCCCAGCACCAAGCAAGGCCAGCCAAGGCAGAGCCCAACAGUCCCCAGUGUACCCUCUUUCCCUCCCUGUUUUCCCCUCCCCACCCCAGCAGCAAGCAAGGCCAGCCAAGGCAGAGUCCAGCAGUCCCCAGUGUACCCUCUUUCCCUCCCUGUUUUCCCCUCCCCACCCCAGCAGCAAGCAAGGCCAACCAAGGCAGAGCCCAACAGUCCCCAGUGUACCCUCUUUCCCUCCCUGUUUUCCCCUCCCCACCCCAGCAGCAAGCAAGGCCAGCCAAGGCAGAGCCCAACAGUCCACAGUGUACCCUCUUUCCUUCCCUGUUUUCCCCUCCCCACCCCAGCAGCAAGCAAGGCCAGCCAAUGUUAA